GUACUCUGUCUCAGAGAGCAUUGUGUUAGUGCAGUGUAGUAGAGUGUAGUGCUGCGCCACUGGUGCACUUCAAGGAUUUUAUUAUUUAACGUGGACUAAAUUAACUUGUGAAAAUGUCUGGGGGGACCAGCUUGGAGAACGCAAACCCUGUGAUAUUCGAGCGGUCCGGUGAGAGACUGCUGACAGCGACAGACGAGGAUGAAGACGUCCAUGACCCGAUCGACGACAGAGAAAUAUUCGAUCUGAUCAGAUCCAUCAACGACCCGGAGCAUCCUCUGUCUCUGGAGGAACUCAAUGUCGUGGAGCAAAUCCGAGUCAAGGUUGAUGAUGCAGAGAGCACUGUGGAUAUUGAGUUCACACCGACCAUCCCUCACUGCAGCAUGGCUACACUUAUUGGUCUGUCAAUCAAAGUGAAGCUGCUCCGCUCCCUGCCAGACCGGUUCAAAAUUGACGUCCACAUCACUCCUGGAACUCACGCCUCAGAGGAAGCAGUAAACAAACAGCUGGCAGACAAAGAGAGAGUUGCAGCAGCGCUGGAGAACUCCUCGCUGCUGGAGGUGGUCAACCAGUGCCUGUCCACCAAGGGGGGUCCAUCAGCUUUUUAAUCUUCUUCUUUCAGCCACUGAUCUGCCAGUCAUGUCUGGCUCUGUCUUUGACAACUAAAAUCUGUCCGCCUAGCUCUCUGCCCACACAUCACCAAUGCAGGUGUGAAUGGCUGCAACUGGUCGACACUGAUGCAGCAAAUUGAAGUCUUUGUUCCAGCCUGAUCCAGUGUUUCCUGGAGAAAUGGAGAGCCAUUUCUUGAAUGUGUCAUCAUACCAAUUAGUUUGCAACAAGCAGUUAAAUUAUACUUGCCUAUGUGAAUUUGGGGGUCAACAGACGAGAAAAGUUUAGAAACGUUCUGUUUUAUAUACAGGAUUCGCACAAUGUUAACUUUUGAAAAUGCUUAAUUUUAACUGUUAUGCUUUCAAGGUGAGGAAUAUACUUGAAUUUCUUUAUUUAUUCCUUGAAAAAUAAUUGAUUUUCAGCACAAUCUGGUUUUUCAUCUACACAAUCACAAAUGUAAACCAAAAAACAGUCAUAGGUAGAUAAUAAAGUGAUCUGUUGAUCCAUUACUGUGGAAGUAAGCAGCAGUAAAUAAUCACAAUAAAAACAUACAAUCACAGUUAAUAUAAACAGCUGGUAAAAUAAUCAGAAUUGAUUGCUGUUAGUAUAAAGGAAAUAUUUAAACCAUGAUUUUUCAACAAUGCAGAUGCUAUAAUAAAGGCUUUGAGAGUCUGGAGGUUUUUGGUUUGGGUACCUUGAAAGUGUUGAAUUUUUACUCUUAAACGGCUGUACUAAACCCUGUAUAUUAGUAAAUCAGUUUUAUAACAUAUGCAAUGAAUCCACACCUGUAUAUAAUGUUUAUGCUUUUGACAUUUUAUUAAAAAUGCACAGAUAAGUAAUUAAA